CCCCUCCCUUUUUUUUUAAACUGGGGGAGGGGAGAGGGAAGAGACUGUCUUUGAUCUCAGCGGAGGAAAAAAGUCUGUUCUGUUCAGGCUUUUGGCUAACACAACAAACAGUGUUUAAAAUUUAACUUUGCUUAAUUAAUUAGUAAUUCUGUUUAAUGCUGUCUGAUCUCCCUCCAAAAGGUAUUUUGAAGCUUGAGAAGGGAACAUCAAAGGGAGCUGGGUGAAGAUGGUCAAGUAAUGCAUUUAAUCUGGCAGUUGCUGGGGGUGGAGAGCUGCCAGGCUGGGAGCUAAUAGGGAGAGAACCGUCAUUUGGUAAACACGGCAAGCCGACUCCUUGACUCCUCAUGGCUGUGGUGUGAGGGGGAACAGGGAGCAGAUUCCAAAGAGAAGGAGCUCCACAAACCACUACCACCCCCCAGAUUCAUAUGGGCUGACAAUAGGCUUUAAGAAAGCAGAGCUGAUAUUUUCUUUCUUCCAUGGCCACUGUACGGUUGGGCAGGUUGUGCACUGCACAAGGGUUUCCAGCCAAGUAGGCAAGUAAUAGGUGAAAUUGUCUGUGCCCUGCUCAUCAAGCACAUAUCCUGGUGGAGGUGGAGGGUGGCACACACCUAAAGCAGCGAUCGAUCCACAGACUUUUUCAUGAAAGGCCAAACAGUAUGUAUUUUAGGUUUUGUGGGCUCUGUUGCGACAGUUCAACUCUGCUGUCAUACACUGAAAGAAGCCAUGGACAAUGCAAAUGAGCAUGACCGACUCUCAAUAAAACUUUAUUGACAAAAACAGGCAGGGGGCCAGGUUUGGUUCACUGAGUGUAGUUUGCCACCUCCUGCUCUCAGUCACCCAAAAGUACUCCUUAGGCAAGUGAAAGUCCUUUUUUCCCACCUGGUUCCCUGCCUUCUUUUUUUCUUCUAAAUGAGCAGUCUCUCCUACAGUUCCUCAGACUUUCAACUGAAGAGUGAUCAGCAUCUCCUGAAAUUAGGCCCCCAAAAGAUCAUUUCCCAGGGGGAAGAAUGGCUGAGCUAAACAGGAAUUGGAGACAGAGAAUGGACUCAGACUGUGGUGCCAAAGCUGGUCUCAACAGAAAUAGCAUCACUGUAAUCCCCCUUGGCGGGCCUGGGCGGCCUGCAGCGAGCACCAGUCCCCAUCCCCGUCUCCCACCUCCAGUGAGCCCGUACUCAUUGAUGGCUGGAGAGUGGUUUCUUCUGCACAGGGCUCGCUGGGGGCCGUGGUAGCUUGACUUAGUUUGGUUUCAGAGAGUUCAUAUGUGGAGGAGGCCUGGCCCUUGACCCUGGCAUUGGAGUCUUUGUGGCCGGUUCUCUGCCACCUGUUCUACCUACUGGGCAGGGGACAGUAAGAGGGUGAAUGACCUCCUUUGGUGGGGAUAGAGAGUGCUGACUGUCCUCGUUCCUGACCCCCACAGCCCCAGGGCAGCACGGAUCACAGGCCCCAUGCUGGGAGGGGCCCCUGGCAGGUUCACUGACCACUGGCUGACCUGUGGAUGUCCAGGUGUCUUUCUGAGCUGGGAUGGGAUGAGGGAGCCAUUGGUGAAGAGAGGACAAUCCGGGCCACACUAGUUUUUGGAGAAGAUGUAUGAGGGGUUGAGGGAGAUGUUUUCCAGCCCCUCAGUGGCCCUGCCUCCUGAGAAGACCGACGGACUGGGCAGCGGAGAUGAGAAGAAGAUGGAGCAAGUGAGCCAACCCUGCCCGGGCUCCAAGAAGCAGCUGAAGUUUGAAGAGCUCCAGUGUGACGUGUCCGUGGAGGAGGACAGCCGGCAGGAGUGGACCUUCACCCUGUACGACUUUGACAACAAUGGCAAGGUCACCCGAGAGGACAUCACCAGCUUGCUGCACACCAUCUAUGAGGUGGUGGACUCCUCCGUCAACCACUCCCCAACAUCGAGCAAGAUGCUGCGGGUGAAGCUCACUGUGGCCCCCGAUGGCAGCCAGAGCAAGAGGAGCGUCCUUGUCAAUCAGGCUGACCUGCAGAGCACGAGGCCCCGAGCAGAGACCAAGCCCGCUGAGGAGCUGCGGAGCUGGGAGAAGAAGCAGCGAGCCCCACUCAGGUUCCAGGGUGACAGCCGCCUAGAGCAGUCUGGCUGCUACCACCAUUGCGUGGAUGAGAACAUCGAGAGGAGAAACCACUACUUAGAUCUCGCCGGGAUAGAAAACUACACCUCCCAGUUUGGGCCUGGCUCCCCUUCUGUGGCCCAGAAGUCAGAACUGGCCCCCCGCACCUCCAACCCCACUCGAUCUCGCUCCCAUGAGCCGGAAGCCAUCCACGUCCCACACCGAAAGCCCCAAGGCGCGGACCCAGGCUCCUUCCACUUCCUUGACACCCCAAUCGCCAAGGUCUCGGAGCUCCAGCAACGGCUCCGGGGCACACAGGACGGGAGCAAGCACUUUGUGAGGUCCCCCAAGGCCCAGGGCAAGAGCGUGAGUGUGGGCCACGUGGCCAGAGGGGCAAGAAACAAACCCCCUCUGGGACCCGCCAUCCCUGCGGUGUCCCCCUCCGCCCACCUGGCCGCCAGCCCAGCCCUCCUCCCCUCCCUGGCCCCCCUCGGGCACAAGAAGCACAAGCACCGAGCCAAGGAAAGCCAGCAGGGCUGCCGGGGCCUGCAGGCACCGCUGGCCCCAGGCGGCCCCGUCCUGGGGCGGGAGCACCUGCGGGAGCUGCCUGCCGUGGUGGUGUACGAGAGCCAGGCUGGGCAGCCCGUCCAGAGACACGAGCACCACCACCACCAUGAACACCACCACCAUUACCACCACUUCUACCAGACAUAGAGCCCCUCCCCAGGGCCCCACCCUGCCAUAUGAAGGACCCUGCCCCCAACACCCCAAGGCAUUAUUAUUCUAUUAAUUAUUGUUAUUAUGAUGAUUAUUGUUAUUAAUAAUUAUUGUUACUCCACUAAUAUUUAGCUAGCCUUCAUGUAGAAGAUCUAUGGAAACACAGAACUAAACUUUUAUUUAUAUGUUGUGGGGACUGCAUAACUAGCCCAGGAAAUGACUCUGGUUUGGACUGGCCCGUAUGGGCAGAGGCUCCCUCAAGGCUCAGGAGCUGCAGCGUCAUCUGUGCGGAUCAGCCCAUACCCUUCCCAGAGCCAGGGAGCCCUCAGCCCCAACUCUUGCCCCACCCCAGGCUCUUCCAGGAGAGUACCCUUCCCUGGCCCGGCUUCCAGAGACCCUCGAAAUCUCCGAGAAGAUAAACAGCUGCUACCUCUUAGUAUUAUCCUGAUUUUAUUUUGCCCUUAACUGAUUGUAAUGUGCUACAAGGGAUUUCAGUGGACUGCAGAAUGCGAACUUCUUGCUGUUGUGUUUUUAUGUCCCAACCUAGAAACCUUAGCUGUCUUUUCUGGAGUUGUCUUUCACGCUUUUCCAGUGGGAUCAAGCCUUUGCCCCCAAAGCAGUCCCAUCUCCUCUGCCAUGCACAACAUGAAUAUCCACUCCUCCUCCCCCUCCUCCUCCCCCUCCUCCUCCUCCUCCUCUUCUUUAGAGCAGUACACAUGCACAUAUUUAAGGACUAUCCCUGAGACCAUCCUUCUCAUUUUGGAAACUGCUAGGGAGGAAACCAACCGCUUAAACAAGUGUGAUUUUCCAAGAUCCGGGCAAUUGUGUGCUGUUGGUUGUGGUGGAGGAUGUGGCAGAUGUAUAUGUACCUACACGGUUCUCUAACAGAGCUUUCUGUAUCUAUAGAUAGACGCCAUCUGCCCAUUUCUAUGUAUCUUUCUAUAAAUAUACACUCUCAGGUAUCUUUUCUGGUGUGUAGAAAUCAGUGGUUUGCUUCUCUGGACACUUCUGGAACCCAGAUGUGACCCUGCUUGUCUCCUUUUGGGGCUGGAGAGCUCUCAGAUGCUUUCAUCAGAGGUCCAUUCUCGGGUUUCUGGGUCUGAUGGAUUUUAGAGAGAACUGCUGGGGUACAGAAGCUUGGAGGGAAAGGGGGUCUGUGGCCAGUUGGGACCCUGGAGCAGCGUCCUCUGCAGAGAAGGAUUUUGUCUGGCCACAGCCUGGAGAAACCUGAGAACCAGUCAGCUAGCCAGGGUCUCAGAGAAAAGCAGAUCACACACUCAAAUUGGAUAAUUUGAGCAGAGUUUUUAAUAAAGGCAAUAUUUACAAAGUGUGGCUAAGCCUCCCAUGAGAGGGCAGAACCCUGGAGCCAGCAGUGUGGGGUGCUACCCCCACCCCAGGCCUGAGUGGGGAAGGAGUUAUCUUUAGCAGACAGGAAUGCUGGAGGAGUGAGAGGGGCACCUGAGAGCUGGGACCUUUGCUCAAAGGAUGCAGCCAGUCAUGGGGACUCUCCAGGGAAAUUAACAUUCUGAGCUGCUUUCCUGCCCCCUCUCAAUCCAUUCGCUGAGGCUGCUAGAAGCCACUGGGCCAAGGGAGCUUGUUGAUAUGGCUCACAUGGGCAUGUUCCCAGGUCAGAGAGGAGAGCGGAGAGUGAAUCUAGAGGGACACAAAAGACAGAAGCGACUCCAGCUGCCUUUCUUUCUGCUGUUUUGUCUCGCAGCUGGGAUCCUCUUUUCCAGGGCUUCGAGUUUAGGUUUAAUGUAGUUAGUAAGGAGUUACUUCCAAAGGCAGUGGCUUAGUUGUCACCAUAUUAUUAAUUUUAUUAAUGACUGAUGUGCGUGGGAUUGGAUUAAUACAUUAAUCCUUAGGACAGCCCCAUGAAGCAGCUUGGUGGCAGCUCACGGAGCUGAGGCUUAGACAUUUGUAACUCCCUUGAGACCGCACAGGGGGCAGAGCUGGAUUCUGGUCUCCCACUUGCCAUUGGUGCAGGACUUAAUCACGGCCACGUGCUUCCCUUGUUUUGGGUUGUGGGUUUCUGUUCAGUGAGAACUCAGCUCAGUCCAACGUGAACGAGACCAAGUUGGAAGGCAGGGAGGGAGCUGGCUUUGAGAUGACAGGGCCCAGGAUGUGAAUGCAGCUGAGACUGGUUCUUGUACCUCCCUCUUGUCCCCUGGAUUGAUACCUGUGCCCAAUUAUAUGCUUGGUCAGGGAGCCCUGGCUGCUGGCAUUCUGGGUCCCCUAACCAUAGGAAAAGGAGCUUCCAUUAGUGUAAAGUCCGGGGCAGGAUUCUGAUUGUCUGGGCUUAGAUCUGGUACCCAUAGCUGAUCCAAUCAUGUGACUGCUGGGGUCACGUGGCCAACCUGCCACAAGAGGGUGGAGUCUGUACUGGAAGACAGGAGAGAAGGAGUGCAGAGCAGACAGGAAGUAAUGGUGUUCCAGACUCUGAAUUGCUGCAGCCCUGGAGGCCAGCUGGGAGUUGGGACGACUGGUUUUAGAACAGUUCCUCUGCCUCCCUAAGUUCCGCACCUGUCAGGAUUCUGUUACUUCUUGGUAACUGGGACUUGCCCAACUUUAAAAACAUUAUUUUAAAAAAAGUAAUGUGCACAUGUAAAAGAUUCAAAUAGUACACAGGUGUACAGUCAAAAGUAAAAUUUCCUCCAUCCCAGGCCCACCAGCACCCCUGAUGCCAGCUUUCUGGGUGUGGUCUAGGGCCUCAGUGUAGUGUGGGGGUUGUGAGCACAGACUUUGGCGCCAGCUUGCUGGGUUCAAAUGCUGUCUCCCUCUUUGUAGCUCUGUGCUUCAAGUGAAAUACUGUGCCUCAGUUUCUCCUUUAUAAAGGUGGGGCUCACGACAGUGCCUGGCCUGUGUGAGAACUAUGAGGGUGUUAGCUGUUCUUUACCAGAAUAAAUACAUUUAUAUAUCUCCCA